GGUUUAGAUACGAUUCUCGAAAGCUUAAUGUCAGCGAAACAAACAAUAUGGACAAAAUUUCCACAUUAAAUAAUUUUACACUGCAAGUUGCUGUGAUCUUUAUUGCUUGGUAUUUUGUUAGUUCAGCAUCAAGUAUUGUCAACAAAAUUACAUUACAGAAUUAUCCAUAUCCUGUGACGGUUGCUUUGGUGUCACUUUGUUAUGUUGAACUUUGUUCCGUUCCUGUGCUUCGAUUAUGGCGUAUCAAACAACCUUCUAUAUCGAAUUAUUAUCUUAUAUAUUAUAUCAUUCCAAUAUCAUUUGGUAAAGUGAUUGCUGUUGUUAGUGCAUAUGUGAGCGUUUGGAGAGUAUCAGUUUCAUACGUUCAAACAGUAAAAGCAACAAUGCCAUUAUUUGCUGUCUUUUGUGCUCGAAUUGUUCUGAAAGAGCGCCAAACCAAGCGUGUUUAUCUAUCAUUAAUACCGAUCAUAAUUGGUGUAGCUAUUGCAACAUUUACCGAAUUAUCAUUUGAUUUAGGCGGUUUACUAAGUGCUUUGUUAUCUACUGGUAUUUAUUCGGUGUUAAAUGUUUUUGUUAAAAAGGUAUUGGAAGGUGCUGAUGUUCAUCCGCUCUAUUUGCUUGCCUUAAAUUCUCGUAUUGCUGCUAUCUUACUGUUUCCAAUUUGGUGUUUUCGUGAUGGCUUAUUAUUGUGGCGUGGUGUUGAAUCAAUCAAGAAUCAACCAUCACCGCAUGAACCGAAUUUUGUCGUCUUUUUAUUGCUUUCCGGCGUACUUUCAUUCCUCCAGAAUUUAUGUGCUUUUAUAUUAAUUCAUCGCUUAUCGGCACUUUCCUAUGCGGUAGCAAAUGCAGCAAAGCGUGUCACUGUGAUAUCAGCAUCGUUACUUACUUUACGUAAUCCGGUAACUCCAGCCAAUGUUUUCGGCAUGUUUUUAUCCAUAUUUGGCGUUUUCCUCUAUAAUCGGGCUAAACAGCGGGAAAAAGAGUAUCGUGUUUUGCCAAAGUCGCAAACUGAUUUAACAAUAUCUGAUACUUCAUCGAUUUAUUUGAAUGGUUCAGUGAUUUAUAAUGAUAGGCUUACUCCACAGCUACCAUCAGUUGAUUUAGUCCAAAUGAUUUGUUGCUUUCCGAAAUUAUUUCUUCGUUGGGCAGUGAUCGUUAUUUUUGUCACCAUUUUAAUUUGUUUAUUUGCAGGCCAUCCAGAUAUUCGGUAAGUUUUGAUUAAUUUUACAACGUUCCAAUAGGUUUACGUGAAAUUUAUCAAAAUGCAUUAAUUUCUACUUCUCGAUGUGAUUGGAAACUUUUCUUUUUUAUCUUUUCACAACGAGAUUUACUUUCUAUUCACUUGAAAUAUUCAUUCCCAACAUCAUAUUCUUGUUAGAUGAAGAAUUGUUAAAAUACACUCAUCAAUAUGAUAAAUAUUUUUAUUUCUUUUUGGUUUAUUCCAAAUGCAGAAAUGUCGUAAAACCAAAUUGAAACGUGAGCUUUAUUAUGUGUAUGCCAAAUUUGCAUCAAUGCUAAUUAUAACCUGUUUAUAUGUUAAAAGUGUGUUCGCAUCAUUUUGCAUAAUAUGCAUUGAAGUCAACUUUUUGCAAAUAUCUAAUGUAAGCUAUGGAUUCCAUGUUAAAAUCAUGUGUUUUAUAAU